UAUGGUGCCCUAGAUGUUGAAAUAAAGGUUACAUCUUACACACGACAAGAGAGUUGAAGCUGUCUUGCGUGUUCCUUGCUUGUAUGCAAAUCACGUCCCGCUUCUCGCUCCGUUACCUCCGACUACCUUCAAGUGAAUUCCCUCUACCUCAAUCUUAGUAUCUUGUGGCGCAACUUUCUGAACUUUCAACCUUGAUCGACCACCAGACAGCAACGUCAAGCAGCGGAUCUUCUUCGUUGCUAUCUUCUCCACUAAAGAUCUGGAAGUCUUUUGACCGGAAGCUUUGCGUGUGCAAAGGAUCUCGCGCUGGUAUUCCCUUCAUCCCUCAACAUCGAACAAAACACACCACACAAAGACCAACUAAAGUCUCCCUCCGACAGCCUUCAAGAUGCCGCCGCAAUCCACCACAUGGAACUUCAAGUGUGGCCAUUCGUUUCUCGAGGCUACGAUCCCCGAAGGAGACCACGAGAAUACCGUCACAAGUUACAAGGUGUGCCCUAGGUGCGAGGAGACCAUCUCAGCUGAGCAACAUGCCAAGGAGGUAGCAAUGAGCGAAGAUGAAUACGCGCUUCAUAUCCACGAGAAGCACCACGACUUUCUCCAGAAAGCCGGCGAGAAGGUCGAUGAUGGUAGUGAUCUCGACUAUUAUUUCACGCUCACGAGUCAAGCAAACGACGUCGAAUGGGCCAAGCAGAUCAUCAAAAUUGGGUACCAGUUCGCCUUCAGUCAUCAACCGAGAAUUGGAACUGUGGCUGAGGAUCUGGAGGUGAAAGCAAAGAAAUUGCGGGUGCUCGUGAACGCUGAAGAUGUCAACUUCGAGAAGCUUCCCACCGGCAAUGGAAAAAAGGCAAAGCAGGUUAAGAACGAGUGGCGUAUUCGCUACGUUAAGGUCACUGAAGCUAAGAAAUUGUUCGAUGGUCUAUUGAUGGGCUACUCUGAGGAGGACAUCAAUAUGAGUUUGUCGUUGGAAAGUGAGGUGAGGAGCGUUUGGGCGGGGGUUUUGGGAGUUUAUGACCCGGAAGAAGACGAGCUCAAUAAAUGGCUUGGCCAAACUGGUGUUGAAGAGGAGCCUGCUCGAGUCAGCUAUCUAGACGAGGAAUGGUUAAGUGGUGUUGAAGAGGAGCUUGGCCAAAUCAGCGAUGAAGACGAAAUUACUGACAAUAGAGACUCUAUCAAGUUCUCGGAAUGAGGUAGU